CUCGUGUUUGGAUUCCAUGGGAUUUCGUAGUCUAACUUCGUUGUUAUGUGUCAGACACUGAGUGAAAUAACUUCCUUCUCUCACAUAACUACCACUUCAAUCCCAUUAAAUUAUACUAGUACUUUCUCAAUCUUUCUUUUCUUUUUUUCAUUUUUCUUCUUAAUUGUCUAAUUUUCCAUUGGAGUUGAAGCUGCGGCAAUGGCACAAUUGGUGUGAAGUGAAGGGUGAGCAAGGUGAUUGUGAUUCUUUGCUGUUUCAAUUUCCUCUUCACAAUUUUGAGCUGUGAAGCUUUUCUGGGCACUUCCACUACUCUUGUUUUGGGUUUUCUCAGCUAUAGCUUUGAAGCUUGAGAUUGUUCUUGAGCUCAACGUGAAUUGUGGGUUGAUACUUCAACUGGGUCCAGUUAGGGUUCCAAAAAGGUUUGAACUUUAUGCUUACCAAACUUUCUUUAUCCUUAAAUGACUGGUGGGUCGUGCAGUGCUAGCUGUCCAAGUAUGGUCUUUUCAAAAGCUUUCAAUUAUUAGGUGAUUAUUUGGUCUUCUUCGGCCCACUUCCCAUGUGUUUAUGAAGAAUUAAAAAGGAGAAAAUGGUUCAAGUUCUUUUGAGCUUAGCAGGGUUUGAUUGCUAUUUUUUUUUUAUGUGGUGAGUUUGAGUGUGUUCAGAGGGUGCUACAGAUUUGGAUUUGGGGGGGAGGGGGUGUUGUUUGUUGUGUAUGAGUUUGGCCUAAUUAAAGAGUUACUGAGAAUUUGAAAUUACAGAUUCUGGGAUGGUCAGUAAUGGGAUUGAAUAUUUGUCUAACUUCCAUGGAAUCAUUAGAAGGUUUUGAUUGCAAACGAAAGAAAGAUCUUAGUCAAAUGAGCAAUGAUGAGUUGGUGACACUUGACAACAUAUCCCAAGACGAGCUUGAAUCAACUUCAUCUGAGAAGGAAGAGAAUUGGAGGGAAAAUUUGGAGCAGAAAUCAUCAGAGGUUAAUUCUACAGCUGGAGUAGGUUUGGACCAUUUCAUCCUAGAGCCUACUGGAACAGAGAGGAACCUGCUUGUUGCUGACCAUGAGAUUAUAUUUUCUAGAUCAAUGAUGGAGAAAUGUGAUUCUCCAAGGCAAGACUUAAUAUUGGACAGGCUGUCAGAGUGUGAAAAGCAAAAGCUGUUUAACCUAGUGAAGAUACAAAGUGACGGGACUGUUAAAGUUGAUCUAGAAAAAGAUGCACCUCUUGCAUCAGAAUUGUUGAAGUUCCAAUCUUUUGAAGAGUCAACAAUGAGUGGAACUAUUAUUUCUGAAUCAAAAAAAUCAGCUCCCUGGUUACAAAUUGUCAUACUUGUGGUUGGAACUAGAGGCGAUGUACAACCUUUCCUGGCCAUUGCAAAAAAACUUCAGGAGUAUGGACAUUGUGUUAGGCUGGCAACUCAUGCUGAUUUUGACACAUUUGUAAAGUCUGCUGGUGUCAAUUUCUAUCCGUUGGGUGGCGAUCCUCGAGCUUUGGCAGAAUAUAUGGCGAGGAAUAAAGGUAUAAUCCCAUCUGGUCCAACUGAAAUAUCUAUCCAAAGAAAGCAGCUGAAGGCUAUUAUUGAUUCUCUUCUUCCAGCAUGCAUAUCACCUGAUUUGGAAACUGGUGUUCCGUUUAGAGCUCAGGCUAUUAUUUCCAAUCCUACUGCAUGUGGACAUACACACGUUGCUGAAGCUCUUGGGGUGCCCCUUCACAUCUUCUUCACAAUGCCUUGGACGCCAACAUAUGAGUUCUCACACCCUUUGGCACGUGUUCCUCAAAGUGCUGGUUAUUGGCUCUCAUAUAUAAUUGUGGAUCUACUGAUUUGGUGGGGGAUACGAGGAAUUAUCAAUGACUUCAGGAAAAGAAAAUUGAAGCUUGCUCCUAUUGCAUACUUCAGUAUGUACAGUGGAUCAAUAUCUCAUUUACCAACUGGCUAUAUGUGGAGUCCUCAUGUUGUUCCAAAACCAAGUGACUGGGGCCCUUUAGUUGAUGUUGUUGGUUAUUGUUUCUUGAACCUUGGAUCAAAGUAUCAACCACAAGAAGAUUUUGUUCGAUGGAUUCAAAAAGGACCAAAACCUUUAUAUUUUGGGUUUGGGAGCAUGCCUCUUGAUGAUCCUAAAAGAACUACUGAUGUUAUAGUGGAGGCACUAAAGGAUACGGGACAACGGGGAAUUAUUGACAGGGGCUGGGGAAAUCUAGGGAACUUGGCAGAAGUUCCUGACAAUGUUUUCGUGCUAGAGGAAUGCCCUCAUGACUGGCUGUUUCCCCAAUGUUCUGCCUUGGUGCAUCAUGGUGGUGCUGGAACAACGGCUACAGGACUAAAGGCUGGGUGUCCAACAACCAUUGUUCCAUUCUUUGGAGAUCAGUUCUUUUGGGGAGAUAGAAUAAAUCAGAAAGGGCUAGGACCAGCUCCAAUUCCAAUAUCUCAGCUCAGUCUUGAGAAUUUAUCAAAUUCCAUUAAAUUCAUGCUCCAGCCAGAGGUAAAAUCACGGGCAAUGGAAGUGGCAAAGUUGAUCGAGAAUGAAGAUGGUGUUACUGCUGCAGUUGAUUCAUUUCACCGUCAUCUACCUCCUGAACUACCACUACCAAUUCCAUCUGCAGUGGUGGAUGACCAUGCAAAUCCUUUGCAGUGGUUUUUUCUCCAACUAGCAAAGUUUUGCACUUUACCUUGUGGGGGUGUAUAGUUUUUUUUUUUUUUUGCUUUGAGUAAAUUCUUUUUUUUCUUUUAUUGAUUGCAUAAUUAUAGUUUAUAGAGCUUUCCAUUUUUUGGUAAUGGUAGCAGUGUUAAGCUUAAUAUUCCAUUCAUUUCAGUCAAAGUCUCUUUUGUGAGGGUUUGAUUAAUAGUAAAUUAGUAAUAUUGAAGUUUCUCUUGUCAUUUCUCGUUGUAUGAGAUCUCAUAGAUCAUAGAUAUCUAUGUUAGAGUGAUUAUAAGAGGGAUUCUAUUUGCACCUGA